AUGCCUUUUCCGGCAACGCCACCAAUCCGCCUCUCCAACUCAUCCGCGCAUCGCAACCGUCCGCAGUUCGCCUCCACACCCCGAUUUUUGCUGUCACAGAGUGCGACCCAGACCAAUGAGGAUCACGAUAUCAUAGACGAUGUUGAACCGCAUUUAACGCAUCAUAAUACGCAAAUCUUUCCUGCUUCUCAGGCUGCUCGCUCGCGCCAAUGCGAAGUGAUUGAUGACGUCGAUCAUGUCGAAGAGAUAAGAGAUGGCCUGUUUGGGGUCAGAGAGGGAACGAACGCACCGGACGAUGUCAUUGACAGCACUCCGCCCGAAGAAGAUGAGUGUCCUGGAUGCCCAGACGCGGAAUUGGAUGCCCUUUUUGCGCCUAUCAGAGACGCAAACAAACGGCGCCGCGUGGAGAGAGACGCGCCUUCGACAAGGCUAACACAGACUGAUACAAUAUCAUCAUCACCACCUCAGACGGCAGACUUACAGUCUGAUGCCAUCCAUACACCGUAUGUGCCAAGACACAGCCCCGCAAACUGGCAAAUGGGCGCAAUGAGAACACCAGCACCUAGUAGUGCACGUCCGCUUGCACCUCCUGCAUCUACGCCAGGUGAUGCAAAUACGCCCUUUCGAGGCCGUCCUCGCUUUAUGCUUUCUUCGGCAGUCAAAAAUCCGAGCAGUCAGUCCGCCCCUAAGUUUAAACCGAGCACACCAGCUAUAUCACCGCCGGAGAGACGUAAACCAACGUUUGUUUUGCCGCGCUCGCCAUCGCCUAACCCCGACGCAGAGGACAUCCCUGCACCAUUUUCUCCCACUUCACGGACGCUUAAUCGUCGCGGCCGAAAACGCGGUGUGAUGCCCAACUAUGUCCCGGGUGGGAUGGCUGCCCAGCUGCGCAGCUGGGUCUUGGAGAUGGGAGCCAAACGUGAGCAGCUGCCAAAGCCUGUAUUAGCCCAGUUGUCAGAUCCACAGGCAGAGAUGCCUUCCUCAGAAGAAUUGGCAAGGUAUCUAGUGGCUGCCCGUGUCACCAACAUCAACCACACCAGGACCAGCGGUUCCAACUCUGUGGCUUUUGUAAAAGCCAACCCUGUUGUCGGUGAUCAAGUGCAGGAUAAGGAUGCUAAGGACAGUCUGAAUAUCCUGAUUAUGGGACCUCCACGCUCAAAGCCCGACUUGUGCCCCGGCUCUCCUGGAUUACUACCCCAAAAAGGAGAUCUCGUAGGAAUACACAGAGGACUUACAUGGACCUUGGAACUGGAUCCUGUUCCAAGUCAAGUUCAGAACACUAACGACACUCCCAUUCACAUGUCCCUUGAUGCUUUACCGGCAGAUCAAGGGCAAAAUGAUCCAAAAGAAUCCUGGCUUGUGGCCAUGGAAUGGGAUCUGAUACAUGUGCCGGCGAGCUCCUGA